AUGGGCCGACUUAACUAUAAGCUUCUGCCUUGGUUAGGGUGGGCACUGGCGGGUCUCGGUCUCAAUGGUGUCGAUGCCUUGACGCCACUGCGAGACCUAUGCCCGGUAACCUGCCUGGAGGCCGGCCCUAAUCCGUCCAACUGGUCUGUUGUCGCCGACAUCUCCCAACUUCAGGCGUGUCAGAAACCAAUGGUCUUAGACUUUUCAGUCAGGAUUCCUCUUCAACGCAAGCAGCAUAUUCGAGUCUGUAACGUGUUUACCAACGACUUCGACAAUCCAGCCGGAUCCGAUACGACCUCAGUCUUCGCCACGGCUGAUGUUGAGACCAAGCAAGUCUUCCCCCAGCUAGCCUGGACGCCCGCCGCAUCCGAGGACGAGAUUGGCGGCCGGCUCGUGGGCCAGAGCAUUGGGCACUUGAAGAGCUAUCUCGCAAACAACCACCAGGCCUCGAAACCCGCGAGCCGGAUCAUGCUGUUCGGAACGGUAUCUGACACCACCACAGGCGUCUACGUUGGCGCCAAUCUGCUCGGCUCGAGCAUCGCCGGGAAUCUCUUUGACUCCUUCCUGAACAAUGUGUACGGAAACGGUAUUGCCGACUCUAAGGCCUCCCUAGUCCAGCUGUGCGAGGGUCGCAGCGGAGACGACAUCUUCGGCCUCAUCGCGGUCUCCAGCGCCAAAUUCUCCACGGUCCACGACGCCGUCAGCAGCUGGUCAAACGGGACCUGCGUCGACACGACCUCGUACGCGAAGACACGCGAGCUUGGCGCCACAGCCAUUGCCGUCAUCAAGCCAGUGGUCGCGCCGACCCCUAGCAACAACACAGCAGCCAUUUUGGGACGGGCCGAUGCCUGCCGCAUCAUCAGAGUCGACGACCAAGAUGACUGCGGCAAGCUCGUCACCCGGUGCGGCGGCGGGCUGACUGCGGCGAACUUCUACAAGUAUAACCCCAGCUCCACUCUGUGCUCGAAGCUCAUGCCGGGCCAGCCCGUCUGCUGCACUGCGGGCGAGCUACCUGAUAUCAAACCGAAACAGAACGCGGACGGAUCGUGCGUCGCAUACCAGAUUAAAAAGGACGAUAACUGCAGUAAGGUCGCAGUUGCUAACGGCCUGGUGGUCACAGAUCUCGAGGGCUUCAACAAUGAUACCUGGGGCUGGAACGGAUGCGACUCGGGCUUCUGGACUGACAACUGGAUCUGUCUCAGCAAAGGCACGCCACCCUUCCCCGCGCCAAUCCCCAACGGCGUCUGCGGGCCUCAAAAACCCGGCACAACCAAGCCUAGCGGGUCAACCUCGAAGGACUGGCUGAAACUUAACCCGUGUCCUCUGAAUGCGUGCUGCAACGUUUGGGCACAAUGCGGUACGACAGCCGACUUCUGUAUUGACACCAGCACAGGCCCACCAGGCACAGCUAAGAAGGAUACCUAUGGCUGUAUCUCCAACUGCGGCAUGAGUAUCAUUCAGAGCGGCCCGCCGGCGCAGUUCAGGAAGCUUGGUUAUUUCGAGGGCUUCAACCUGGGUCGGGACUGCCUGAACAUGGACGCCUCCCAGAUUGAUCCGUCAUUCACCCAUGUCCACUUCGCCUUCGGUAUGAUCACCCCCCAGUUCGAGAUCUACCAGGAGAACCAAUACGCCGAGUUCCAAUUCCAGCAGUUUAAGAAAAUCCGUGGUCCGAAGCGGAUUAUUUCGUUUGGUGGCUGGGUCUUUUCUGCCGAGGCCCCUAACUACCCCAUCCUCAGGGACUCCGUCAGCGACGCCACUAAACGCGAAAAGUUUGCUACUAAUCUUGUGAAGUAUGUCGUCGAUAACGGCCUCGAUGGUCUUGACAUUGACUGGGAGUAUCCCGCGGCGCCUGACCUGCCCGAUAUCGAGCCUGGGGACCUUGCGGAAGCCACAGGCUAUUUACGCCUCCUCGCCCUUAUCAGAUCGAAGCUGCCUAAAGACAAAUCGCUAUCCAUUGCAGCUCCCGCCUCCUACUGGUACCUGAAGCAGUUCCCUAUGAAGGCCAUAUCAGAACUUCUCGACUACAUCGUCUACAUGACCUACGAUCUUCAUGGCCAGUGGGAUGCUGGCAACCAGUGGUCCAGCCCCGGCUGCCCAAGCGGAAACUGCUUGCGGAGUCACAUCAACCGGACAGAGACGCUGAACUCCUUAUCAAUGAUCACCAAGGCCGGCGUGCCCUCAAACAAGAUCCUCGUCGGCGUCACCAGCUACGGCAGAAGCUUCCAGAUGGCCGAUCCGUCUUGCACCGGCCCCAACUGUCUGUUCACCGGCGACAGAACGACAUCAUACGCUCGUAAGGGGCGGUGCACAAAGACAGGCGGCUAUCUAGCCAAUGCCGAGCUCAACGAGAUCGGCGGCCGCACGUGGAUGGACGUUGAAAGCGACUCCAAGAUAAUGGUCGACGGGGACCUCUGGGUGUCGUACAUGGACAAUGACCUCAAGAACAAGCGCACACAGCUCUACCAACGUUAUAAUCUCGGUGGCACGUCAGAUUGGGCUGUGGACCUUGUCAGCUUUGUAGAGCCACCCAGUUCCCUCGGCGGACUCGGCUGGCCGAGGCUUAAGACGGAUAUUCGUGCUGGCAUGUUUUUUGAACAGAUCAGCUGCAAUUCCGCGGAAAUUGCGCGCACUGGCACCUGGGUCGCUAAAUCUUGCGACGUGGACGAGAUUGGGAGCUGGACACACUACACGCCCAAGCAGCGGUGGGAUGCCCUCGAUUGCCCGCAUGCCUGGGACGACGCGAUCAAAGUGUGGCAGUCAUGCCACGAAGGACAAGGUGAUGGUAUUAGGUUUACUAAGGCCAUAUCCGAAUUCAUACACGGAAUUCAGAAUUCUAAUUGCGACGACCUGUCGAUAGAGACAAACUGUCCUGCUAUGUUUUGUAAAGAGCAUAACGCACCUGAGGUCCCGGAAAAAGAAAAGACAGGGGCCUGCACAUACGAGAUUUGGAACUCGAUAUCUGAGCUCUCCAGAAUGAUUAAAAACUACUACUAUUCCUUAAGUAAAGCUGGAGAUGAUCUUGGAAGCACAAAGGAAGAAUUCAUCAGCAUCUUUGCCCCAAAGUCGGACUCCGGGAUAGAGUUUCUAAUGCUCUUGCUAACCUUGAUUCCAAUUCCCCUCAAUGCGGGGGCGGCACGUUUCUUUGGAGGUGGGCUUGCAGGCAAACUCCUUGGGGGAAGUCCUAGUGCAGCCCAAAAAUCCGUGUGGGAAGCCGCAACCUCCAACAUCGUCAGUGCUGGUUCCUCCAUCGCCAAAGACGCACUCGCCAAGGCCAAAGACGGUCGCUCAGAGAUCGCCUUUAACGCCAUCUUUGAUACCCUAAUUACGAGCUGGAUGUCUCAGACCGACUUGCUUAUAAGGUCGAUCUUCAAUGGAGAUAAAGACAGCAUCAGGAGAUUGAGCGAAAUAUUCAGCAACGGCAAUUUGAUCGACGGCAAAUUAGACAACGGUAUAACAGAUUCUACCAAUGGCCACACGGACAGCUGGAAUCGGGAGAAGAGUAUCCAGCGCGCCUUCUAUGCCGCCGCGAUUCCUGCCGCCUGGGCCGCCAACCGCCCGGCACCCAUCGUCAUCGACUUCGGCCCUAGCUGUGAGAUCGAUGCGCGUAACUACUUCAAUGAGCCGCCAAACAUCUACAACACAGGCUGGAGGUGCAUCGACGGGCACUCCUACAUCCUCGCCGGUGUCCGCGAUGGCCCUCAGGAGGCGUGCGGUCAGCAAACCCCUGGCAACACAAACCAGUGCCCACCUGUAAAAAAAUGGACUUUCAACAUGCUCAAGGGCAUGGAAGUGAUCAGGACGGACGACAACAAGUGGGGGGGCGUUACAGUGGAUGAACUUAUCAAGGGCGCCAUCAAUACGUACAAUAUGAACGACAAGAAAAACAUCAUGGACGCCUCAAGAAAUGUGCCGGACGCUACGAAUAAGACUAUUACCGAGGAGUACGCGUCAGAUAAGCUGAACAUUAAGAGGGCUGGCCUCAUCCGCAUCCCCAUCUGCAGCCCUGAAGAAGCGACGGCAAACCUCAACAAGGGCCGGAAAUACUAUGGUGACUCCCUUAACUACCCUUGCAACGCAUAAUGGCU